AUUUUACCUUUAUUGUAGUUGCACCAAAUUCUAAGUAAUUAAAAUUUUCGGAGUAUCAAGCACAGCAGCAAUCAUGUCGAACCAGCACGAUGGAAACACUGCGUUGCCGACACAGAGCGUCAUGUAUUCUCAAUUGCAGCCAUGGAGCCAUGCGGGUGCGCCGCCCUGCAUGGAGCCAAUCAGUGGUGCGACAGUGCCGACUCGGUUGGCCGCCUCCUAUGAGACAACGCAGCGGCAUCCGUGGCGGCCCAAAAUGGCCUUCGAGAUGAUCGAGGUGAAGCAUAUGCCGGAGCAGCCGGUUACCAAUCAGAUGACGCAGCCAUGCUUUGUGCCCCAGGGCAUGAAAACGGAGGGCAUGAUAUUUCCGAAUCUUGUUACCGGAUUCGAGCGCAAUCCACAGCAUGCGGCACGUGCCGCACUCUACACGCGCUACACUAACAACGAGUGGCACAACAACAAUAUUGGCAUCUACGGCGAGUCCAACACGAAUCGCAACAUGUCGGAGCGCAUGCGCAAUGAUGCAGUGCGUCUUAUGCGCGAGACGGACGAGACGGCAUCGAUGGGCCAGCGGGACGCCGGUCGCCGUCUGGGUGAACGCAUUACGGAUUUGACAUUUUGGCGCAACGAGCUAAACGCCGAGCUGGAGAAGUUGAUUGGCGAGAUGUCCGACAUCAAUGAGCUGCAGCGGCAGUGCGGCAAGGCGAUGCUGGACCUGGAGAUUCCGCUGCAUAUCGCCCAGGAGUGUCUAUUCCAUCGCGAGGGACGUCAGGGCAUGGAGAAGGUGCACGAUAAUGUGGAGAAGGCGCUGCUACUGGAGAUCAAUCAUUUGCGCAAUUCGCGCGAUCGUCUCAAGGAUCUGCACGAGAAGAUUGCCAAGCAGGCGAUCGACUGCCGUGGCGCCCAGCAUUUGCUGGAAAUCGAUGUAACACAAAAGGAGUCCACCAUGGGCAUCGAUUCCAUGUGCCAUCGCCUGAACAACUACAGUCGCGGCAUCACCUACUUCGGUGGCAUCGAGAAGUACGAUCCGACGGUCAGCACACAGGACUCCUGGGCACUGGCCAGCAGUGAGCAUGUCAAGCGUUCGCAGGCGGAACGCGCCAAGUUGUCGCAGCUGCGCAGCGACUCACAGAACGUGGUCAAUGCCGUGGCCUCCUCUGUCUGGGACUUCUGGAACAAUACGAACAAUGCGCUGGAUAGGCGCGCCCAGGAAAUGGCCGGCGCGAAGAGUCGCGUACAGAUGCAUCUACAGAAGGUGCAGCAGGAGCUGUUCGAUAUGGAGAAACAUCUGUUUCUACUGCAGAAGGCCAUACAGGACAAAUCGAAUCCGCUUAAGGUGGCGCAGACGCGUCUCGAGGCGCGCUCUCAUCGUGAGGGCAUGGAGCUGUGCAAGGAUACAGCCCACGAUCGCCUUGUGCUGGAGGUGCAGGACUUGCAAGGCACUGUCGACGUGCUACAUCAUAAGCUGCAGCAGGCGGAGGCCACCCAUCAGUCUUUGCUCAAGACCCGCUGCAUCCUGGAGGAGGAUUUGCGCAACAAGGUCAACGCUCUGUUCAUCGAUCGUGAGAAAUGCAUGAGUUUGCGUCGCUCUUUUCCCAUAACCAACUUGAUUCGUUAUUGAUAAAUGUUUCGGUAUCUAUUUCCAUUUGUUAGUUUCAAAUUGUAUCACGUGGUAAUGUCUAGUGUAGUCCUUAUUCACAAAUAUAAUAUAUGUUUGCAA